AUUCUCACCAUCAUCGCAACAUAGACAACAGUGAAAAUACUCGUCCUUAUCAAGGUUCACUCUUUUGGAAAAACGCUCCCUCACCAUGAAAGAAUCUGCCGUCGUGGUGGCCGUCCUGGUCACGCUGCAGCUCGCCUCCUGUGGGGCUUUGGGGGGCUAUCCAGGUACUUUCUACCAGAUGAUGCUUCGGCUUAACAAGGGCCAUAAGAACCUGGUCAAGAACGCCCGCACGGUGUCGUCGCCGAACCAGCUGUGGGCGAUCCUCGACCCGCCCGCGGCUCUUGGCUCCCUCUGGAAUGAGCCGCUGAACUCGAACCGCAUCGUCAGGAGCGCCCAGUUUGAUGACCGUGAGGAACGUCAGCUUGAUGGUGAGCCCGAGGAGAGCACGGACGCCCCGGAGGAGGAGGCUGGCACGGAGGCCCCGGAGGAUGCCACGGAAGCCCCAGAGCUGUGCGGAGGCGAGCUGCCGACGCUCCUGGAGACGGGCGAGGUGAGGGAGGACAAGCUGCUCAUCAACACGACGGUGGAGACGCCCGGCUACGGCGGGGACGGCUACCCGGCGGACAUCGAGUGCAUCUGGAACGUCAACAUGGAGAGCGGCUGCGCCAUGGGCUUCCUGACCUGGCGGAUAUAUUCCGGCUACAUCCGUCCGUCCAGGGGCUGCUCGGAGGACUUCGUGGAGAUAGGCUUCGACGGAAGCUACACCCAAAAGCACUGUGAGACGGUAAAUGAUCUAUCAGGCGCGAAGCUGUGGAGUAACCCCCUGAACACUGACCGCUCCCUGAACAUCCGCUUUUUGGCUGGACCGCGCGAGGAUGGAAGCGGAGCAAAGGGCAUCAGCAUUCACAUCAAAGGUUACUGCAGUACCUAUUCCGACGAGUACGUGGCAGCAGCAGAGGCAGCGGCGGAGACGGUGACAGAGGCGGUGGCGGAGGACGCCACGCAGAGGAGCGACCUGGACUUGGACUACGGCGGGGACUUCGCCUAGGACAGCAGUGGGGGAAGAAGCUUGCUGGCCCGUUCAAGAGAUGAUCAACCCUAUAGCUUUCGUUGUCCAUUUUUGUCAAGAGAAAAGGAGCUCGAGGCUGUCGAUGCAUUGAGAGAAAAAGGCAGAUAGCCGAUUGUGAUUGAUUUUUUUUCUUUUUACAAAUAUAAUGUUCAUAAACUAGAUGGAACAGUAGGCGGAGAUAUAUAACAAAGCCUGUCUGUUCAGCGUAUCAUUUCCUAUAAAUUGGCCAAACCGCCGCAUGCUUCAUAUGUGUAUAGCGUACCUUAAAUGGACGCAAAUCGUGAUAGGCUAUAAUAGUGUUCAUCAUCUGGAACGUAAUUAGAUAAUCAUACCAUAUCAUAUACUCGUUGGCAUUAACUAGUACCUGACCCUUAUAACCUUCAGCAAUUUACUGUAUAGGUGUUAUCAAGUCUGUAAUAUAAGGUUGUUCGAGUCACGGCUUCUGGAGAUAUUUACAUGUUUUCAGAAAGGUAUUCUAAAAUGUGCAAAAUAAAUGCAAGAUACACACUAAGGUGCAUAUAUAAAUACUAACACAGAUACACGCGCGCCACUAGGCCUACAUUCACAGUUUUACCAAUCUCGCACGUACACACACACACACACACACACACACACAGGGCCUAUUUUCACAAUUUUACUCAUUGCUUUGUUGACUCCAUUAUCUUGUGUUACAGUUUGGGAGCAAGGAAUGUAUCUAAGUGAAAGGGUACAUUUCAGGAAUGUGUGUUAUAUUCAAAUGUUUGUUAGAUAUUUCUGAUACUAACAUGGUUUCUCAGUAGUUUUAUAGCAUAUGCUUUCAUUCAGUCUGUAGCAAUUCGACUGAAUAAACUGUAAAACUUUAGUGAUUCUAGUUUAUAAUAAAGUUAU